UGUUUCUUUCCGACCCCGCAUGCGUCAAAAGAGGGCCCGGAAACGCGACGGCGCGUGCGCAGAAGCCGGAGGAUGAAGGUGGCGGUGGCGGGUUGCUGCCAUGGCGCGCUGGACAAAAUGUACGAGACCCUCCAGUUCCUGGAGCAGCGGCACGGCCAAGCGCGGCCGGAUCUGCUCCUUUGCGCCGGAGACUUCCAGGCCGUGCGUAACGCUGGCGACUUGCGCUGCAUGGCCGUGCCCGCAAAAUACCGGCAGCUGGGAGAGUUCGCGCGGUACUAUUCUGGAGAGAAGAAGGCACCUGUCUUAACUAUCUUCAUUGGCGGCAACCAUGAAGCCUCUAACCACUUGCAAGAGCUACCAUAUGGUGGAUGGGUGGCACCAAACAUCUACUAUCUUGGGUAUGCCGGAGUAGUAAAAUACCGGGGAGUAAGAAUUGGUGGGCUCUCUGGCAUCUUCAAAUCUCAUGAUUAUAGAAAAGGUCACUUUGAAUGUCCCCCAUAUAACCAGCAUACAGUAAGAAGUGUUUACCAUGUCAGAAAUAUUGAAGUCUUCAAGCUCAAGCAGCUAAAGCAGCCCAUGGAUAUAUUUAUGUCUCAUGACUGGCCAAGAAGUAUCUAUCAUUAUGGAGACAAGAAAAUGCUGCUUAAAAAGAAAUCCUUCUUCCGCCAAGAAGUAGAAAGCAAUACUUUGGGAAGUCCUGCUGCAUCUGAGCUUUUGGAGCACUUGAAGCCGACCUACUGGUUCUCUGCUCAUCUGCAUGUGAAGUUUGCAGCAUUGAUGCAGCACCAGGCCAAUGGCAGCGGGCAGCAGCCAAAGGAAACAAAAUUUCUGGCCCUGGAUAAAUGCCUGCCACACAGAGAUUUCCUGCAGAUAGUUGAGAUUCCACAUGACCCAAAUGCACCUGAUCACCUUGAAUAUGAUCCUGAAUGGAUUGCUGUUCUGAAAGCUACAAACAACCUUAUUAACGUGUCUCCGAACUUGUGGAACAUGCCUGAAAACAAUGGACUUCAUGCAAAAUGGGAUUAUAGUGUCUCAGAAGAUGAUACCAAGGAGGUGUUGGAAGAAGCAAACCGUAAUCUCCAGAUUCCACAUAACUUUAGUGCUAUGGUUCCUUCUCAGCAACAGACAGAACCAGUUCAUAGAAUCAAUCCCCAGACCACGGAGUUCUGUGCUCAGUUUGGUCUUACAGACAUUAACUAUAGAAUCCAGCAAUUGAGAGAGCAGAUACUGAAGCCCAAAGAUGAAGAGGAGGAGGAAGAAGAAGUCGACAGCUCUGGGUCAGCAGAGGACCCUAGUGACUAUAAUACAGAUACUUCUGCUUUGUCGUUAUCUGUCAACCCUGAUGAAAUAAUAUUGGAUGAAGACAGUGCUGAUGAAGAUCUUGAGCCAAGCUCUGUGGAGCCAUCAGCUGACCGCCCUGAUAACAUCUCUACAACUUUUUCAGAGGUCAGAAUCUUGCCGGAUUCUAUGACCGUGUCACCAAAUGAUACUGUGGGCACCGCUGAUGAGGAACUGGAGAAAUCAAAUGAUAGUCAGGCAGAAGAGCAAAGCCUCAAAGAGCAAAGCCUCAGUGAAAAGCUGUUGAAGAGGAUCAGUGGUGAAAAUGAAGAAAGCAGUGCAGGUCCCAAGAGAAUUAAAAGGCGAAACCAGGCUAUCUAUGCUUCCAAAGACGAAGAUGAGGUGGAAUGAGUGAUCUGUCUGUUGGCAUCAUCAUGGGACUUCUCUGCCUGUAAACCUUUGCCUGUUUGCAGCACUACAUAGUUUUUCUAUUUUAACUAUAACAAACAAAAAGACAUUGUCUUAAUUGUACCUUU